AUGUCUGGUUUACCCUAUCUGCGGUCGCUGAGGAAGGCUGGCCUCGUCGAUAUCGCCGAGCAGACCGAGUUCGCCAACCCCGAUGAUUACAAUAAGAAUGACCUGGUAGUGGCUCUUGAUAAACACCUGCGCAAUAACCAGUCUAUCUUCGCCGGCGUCGAAAAGCUCAGCGACUAUUAUUCCCGCAUCGAUACGCCGCGCAAAGGAUAUUCACCCGUCAAACGCGAGUCCACGAGAACCCCAGGGCGUCGCUCAGUCAAGAAAGACAUCGCGCCCGCACCGGAGCUCGAACCCAAGGAGGAAUUUAGUGAACCGGAGUACGCGCAGAAGCCUGUGGUAGUCAGCCCAUCCGUGGAGACGCCUACAGUAUCGCGUGCAAGUGCGCGUCAGUCGCGUCAGAGCCUUCAGCAAACUCCCUAUCAGACCCCGCGCGUCCCCGCCCUCUCCGCGGUGGAAGAUGUCGAGCGACCGUUGCCGGCAUCGCCAGCCGUCGUGACUGAAGUCAUUGAUCAACAGACUACCAAGUUGUACGAAAGUAUCCAACGAGUGUGGGGAGCAUCGGGCGUUGUAGACCACGUUCAUGCCCUACGCGCGAACCUCAGCAGCGUCAAGGCCGUCCAGACCAUCGUCCUCUUGGUGGAGGGUAUUACGUUCCUGGCAGCGCGAGUUCCCUUGCGCUACCUGACCACUAUCCCCGCUAUUAAAUAUACCAAUACCCCCGCCGUUCGUAUGAAGGUCCCUGACUUGUUUUCGAUUUUGGAAGGAGACUUCUGGGUGCCGCUUUCUGUUUGGUUCUUCACCUGCUUCGCCUUGCCAUUGAUUGCUUCCUACUUCAUUAACCUGAGCUGGAAAGCAUCCACCCAUGGGCGUCGCACCCGCUCAACAUCCACCCUUGCUCAAUUCGACCCAUUGGUCUUCAACAUCGCCAAGGCCCUCUUGGUGCACCUUGUGUUGGGUAAGGAGCUUACCUACGGUCUUGUUGGACGCUAUACCCUCCGCAGUGUCAGGUCCAGCGUGCCCGGCGGCGAAUUUGGAUUAUUUACUGGUACCGCUAUCGGAGCCAUUGGAGCCAUCUACGAGGCUAUCUUGAACCACGCGUAA